CGCUUCCUCAAGUGCAUCAUAGCUUGUCUUUGUUCAACACCGAACCAAGCUCGAAUACGACGUGCUUCAAUGCUUCGUCUCAGGCGUGGCGCUGGCCAAUCGGCCAGAUAUGUGCAGCUAUUUCGCCCUUCCCUGCGCUCUUUCGAGCUCCGUGCAGCACGAUGCCGGACUUUUGCGACUGACAACAAGCCUGAGGAGCCUGAAGCUUCGAAAGCUCCCUCUGCCGAAAUCGACGAGCGCUUGAAGGAUCUCCCCUCCGCGAUUAAAGAAGCAGAAGAACUUAUUGAAACAUUAAAGAAAAAGAUGUUUCAGCGAGAACAAGAACAGGAACGAGACUCGAGCGCUGAAUCAACCAUUGAUUUGGAAGCAGGCUCACAAUCAUUUCGGGAAGAGCAUCUUGAGUGGGCCACAAACUCGAAUCCUGCCUUGGAGGGAUCGGACAACUUUGAUGAGGCAUUGGAUGUUGUGCGAAAGGUUUAUGGUGUGAAGGAGGUGGAUGAAUCGUCUCCAAACAAGGAAAUGAAGAAGAAGAAAAAGAACAAUCGUUCAACCGAGGACACAGGUACAACAGUGGAGCUUGGAGGUCUAGGACAAACCACGGGUAUGUGGACUUCGCUCCGAGAAAAACUUCAACAAGAGGCUGCCAUAUCCAAGAAAGAUCCUUUUCAUUCUCCACCGCAUAUCAGUGGCGUGGCGGACCCCGCCGUCUCCCAGAAGCCCAAGCGAAAGGCUAGGAAGAACCCCGAUUGGGAGUUGACAACUAUAAAGCCACGCAAACUAACCCUUACACCCGUCGAGGAUGAUCAACCCCCAGAGGUCCCGAGGCUUUCCCACGACCUAGAUCGGGUUCUCUUCAACCCUGGAGUCUAUGAUCUUCAAGAUCCCCGAUCGCGGGUGUUCAACUUCGAUCCUCACCUCGCCUCGAUCAUGCCAGUCAAGGAAUUCGACUUUAACGCCCUCAAAGAAUACGUCACAUCUUCUAAGGACAUGAAGCUUAUAAACCUUUGCGCAAAACAUGGCAAAAAGUACUGUGGCUCUACGUCGAGCAUGACGGCUAUAUUGUCCCACUUCCACUUUCUCCUCUCGGCCUGGAGAAAGCCAAAUUUCAGCACACUCUCUCGCUCCUUCAAGGUUGAGUUUGAAUCAUUCACCAAAAUCACACGAGCACCCGCUGCUGCAUUCGCGAACUUCAAGGAUGGAGUGUACGCAAUUGACGCAGACAAAAAGUUUGAUACUGCGAAUAUCCUCAGCAUGCUCGGAAAAUCGAUGGAGAAGCUUCUCACUUUGCCAAAGGAAGAAUUUGAAAAGUACAGUCGGGCUCGUUCACACCAAUUGUCGGAAGAGGAAAAGAAUGCUGAAGAAGGAUUCCACUACACAACCAUGGGCGAUUUUCUGAUGCGCUCUCAGCUUGACGCGCACGACCCUAGACUGCCCGGCACUGGAAUGUUUGAUCUCAAGACUAGAGCAGUGGUGUCGAUUCGUAUGGACGUGGGCGACUAUGAGAAAGGAGUGGGGUAUGAGAUUCAAAACCGGACUGGUCAAUGGCUGUCGUACGAGCGAGAGUACUACGAUAUGAUCAGAUCUGCAUUCCUCAAAUACUCGCUACAAGUACGAAUGGGGCGAAUGGAUGGCAUCUUCGUUGCCUUUCACAACACGCAGCGGAUCUUCGGGUUUCAGUACAUCAGUCUUGCAGAGAUGGAUUAUGCCCUUCAUGGGACCAGGGACUUACAUGUCGGAGAUCAUGAGUUCAAGGCCAGUCUAACUCUCUUGAACGAUCUCUUAAACAGGGCAUCAAAACGGUUCCCAGGAAGGUCACUGCGAUUGCACGUAGAGACUCGGGAAACAAAUCCUCCCCUGACCUACUUUUUUGCCGAGCCAGUCGACGAUAAGAUGAUCUCGCGUAUUCAGAAGCAGGGUCAGAAAUCUGUGGGCAAGUUUCAAACCGAGAUCCUAGGGCUUGCGCGCAAAGAAUACGAGGAGCAGUCUGCUCAACUGGAUGGAGAAGUCGACGAAAUCGACGAGGACCUACCGGAUCAGGUUACACAGGGAGACGGUUCUCGGGACCAAAACACGUGGGACGAAUUGAUGUCAAAGGUUGACGAGACUGUGGAAAACGAUGCACUGGGUUUACAAACUGUGAGGGACGCCAUUCAUGAAGCUCUUGAGCAGAGUGGUCUCCUCCGCGGGAAGUCGGAUGCCCAAAAGGAGUCCUACCUGGAAGCUCUGGUUGAGGCUUUGACUGGUGAGCUCUCGGAGGGCAAGGACACGACCGAAGCAUCAACAGAGGAGCAACAAUCACACAGCGACGAACAGGGGCGAGAUGUGCUUAAUGUUGACGGAGGGCUUGAUGAAGGGUUGAGCUCGUCUCCUGGGGAGAUGUUGUAUGAUGGAGACGUAACACACCAAACCGAUGAAGCAACAUCAAUCCCCACAGACACUCCGGAUAAUUUUACCUAUGCCGCUGAGUCAAACGAGGCGACAGCUGGAACCACUGCCAAUGAGGUGGAAGAGAUUGGUGCACGCGCAGCUGAUCUGGUUGAAGAGGAUAUGACCUCCUCGGACAACGAUAUGGUUUCAGAUUCAUCGUUGAAAGAUCUCAUCAUGAAAGUGGCACAAGGCAUCAACCACAAAUCGUCCAACAUGCGAACCUUUGAGCAAGUGUUGUCUGAGCUGGCGGUGGAAUCGAGUCAAUCAGAUGCGGACGGUAGUGAAAGCGAGACCAUUCCUGACUCGGGCAAAACGAACUCCGAGGACGGUACUCGGCCAACCCAGCAGGCCAACCCAGAGAUCGAUUCAGACAUGAUCGAGCCUGAUAUUGACACCAAAGCCCGUGAAUUGUUGGGCAUGUACGUCACGGUCCGAAACAGAGUCCAAGGCGAAUUCGUGGAUCGCGUCUGCGAUGAGCCGUGGAUGAAGUAUACGCGAGACUGGAGCAUUCAGUACGCCAUCACCGAGCUACCGGACGAGAGAGCCAAGAGAAUAUAUGGACAGGUCAGAAAGCGUCGGUCUGACAUCUUCAAGCACGACCCUGAGGUCAGAUCUAAGCAGUGGUAUAACAUGUGGGGUGGUGGUUUAGAACGAAAGGUGGAGCUGAGCAAGAGCUACAGGGAACUGGUCAACCAGUCUGAAGCAGGCAACCCCGUAAAAGUUGCGUGGGAUAGACGGCCACUUCCCGCUGACGUGAAGCCCUAGCCUGAGCGAAAUAGCAAUAUGGCGCAAGGCGAUUGGCUGGGAGACGAACUGGGAUACAUGAGGUGGGAAGAAACGUUCAAUGAUGAGACAUGUAGUAUAUUUUGUAAGAAGGCGGUGUCUGACGUAGCCUGUAAGGGGCGUCACCGUGUAUAAGUAACAUCUCAGCAUAAUGAGCAUUUAGGAUAGGGCAAAAAUGGUGUUGGGUAACGUGUAUAUUAUUAUAGAAAACCAGGUUGGGGACGUCACUCGAGUUGUCAGCGGAAUGGUAAAAUCUCACAUCUCAAA